AUGGUGGUGGAAUCGGACAAGGCCGACAUGGACGUCGAAGCAUUCGAAGAAGGUUUCCUUGCCAAGAUUGUUUUUGGGGACGGUGCUUCGGCCCCAGUGGGUGCCACGGUGGCAUUGCUUGCCAGGUCCAAGGAAGAAAUUCCAGCCGUCCAAGCCAUGACCCCUGGUGCCUCCCCUGCGACGGCCCCAGCUGCUGCACCUGCUCCGGAAAGCUCCGCACCGGCAGGUGGAGGGGACCUUUGA